AUGACAAAAUCAAAAUUAUCUUCUCCACUCACAUCAGUUAGAAGAUUUGAUCAAAAAGCAACUGAAUCCAAUCAAAUUCAUAUUAAUAUGAGAAAUCUAAAGGUACAUUGUACCCAUACAGCAUCGGUUUCUCAUCCAGAUAAAGUCAAGCGGAAUAAAACAGUAAUCUCAAAUGUUCGAGUUACUCGAUCUCGAAUAUCAUCAUGCUUUAGUCACAAGUUUCAUGAUAAGCCAAAAUUAUCAGCCGGCCUAGGGCAACCAUCUAAUGGUUAUUCUACUCAUAACAAUGCCUAUUCAAUCAUUUUAUAUGAUAUGCUUAGUGUUCUUGAGCAUGGUUCACAAAUACCAUUAUCUGCUAGGACGAUAUCCAAUCAUGCUUCUGAAAAUCAUGCAUUAUCGACUGCAACAAGUCAUCUUGAAAAAAGAAGUGCUUCACAAUUAAAUUGCAAUCAAAUUCGAGCAAAGAUUGUUUCAAGAAAUACGUUCAAAGACAGUUUCAAGUCUACCUCAACUAUAAGAAAAAAUCAAAUAAUAAAUAAUCCAUUCGUUCUCGACAUAUGUGAGAAAAAUAAUCGACGAGCUUCUCUUACUAAUACUGUAGAAGAAAAAUGUCGUCGUCGUCGUCGUGGUCGUCAUCGAUGCUGCGGUGGUUUCUACCCAUGUUGCUCACCUUGGGCUUGUCUAAUUGCAGGUACUUCAACAACUACAAUUACAUCGACUUCAACCACUUCAGCAACAACUUUAACCACAACGACAGUCACCACAGGUGCUACAACUGUUACAAUUACAUCCAAUGCAUGUACAUCUGGUUGGACCGGCAUCACUGUAUUCACUGUCUGCACAAGUUGUCCGAAUAUGAUACCUUAUCGACAAUAUACAUAUACUUAUGUGGCUAUUGCUAACCAAACUCGUAUUUCAUUUGCUCUACGUGAAGAUGCUGGCUUUUUUGGACUGGAUGAUAUCUCUGUAACUGGCAGUUCGGCACCAACUGUUGAAUUAAUAGGAAAUGGUGGCUUUGAAACAGGAUCUUUCUCGCCGUGGGUUUACUGUAAUCCAGCCGGUGCAUCUUAUGCUGGAGUUAUUCAGAAAACAUCAGACUAUUUUUCGUUCGGUGGUCAAACUUAUGCAGCUCACUUGGGUGUCUAUUAUUAUUGUGAUGGAGCUGUCGGAUUUGCAGAUUAUAUUAGUCAAAAAUUUGCAACAAAUAUUGGUGAAGCAUACACUAUUUCAUUUUGGCUAUUUAACGAAGGCAGCAUUUCAAACAAUGAUGUUAGAGUUAUAUUGAGUAUAUAA